CAUUCAAAUUGCGUCUCCGUUGGCUCCUUCCGUGUUGUCUAGUGUAGCAAACAACGAAAGAGAAGUUUGAGAAAUAGGGAGUAGCGAAAAGAAGUGAAGAGUCAAAAGGUGGUCGGGCGCAAAGCCGCAAAGGGUGGUGGCGGCCUCAAGGGUGGUGGUGGCGGCCUCAAGGGUGGUGGUGGCCUCAAGGGUGGUGGCGGCGGCAGUGUAUAGUUUAAACAGUUUGGGCAAGAAUAAUGGAGGGAGGGCAGUAUCUCGGAGAAAUCUCCGCUCUUUGCUUCCUUCACGUCCCCUCCCAUUUCUCUUCUCUUCCUUAUCUCCUUGCUGGCUCAGGAUCCCAGAUCCUACUUUUUGAUGUAAAUCUUGGUCGACAAAUACGAUCGUUUUGCGUGUUUGAAGGAGUUCGUGUUCAUGGAAUUGCUUCUGGCUUAAGCGAGGAAAAUGCAUUAUCUUCAUCUGUUACUUUUAAAGUUGUUAUUUCAGGGGAGAGGAGAGUAAAACUGUUUAGCUUGCGCUUUCAGCUGGGGUCUCUAGAUAAACCAGGUGUUAGAACAGACCUAACUUUUUUACAGCUGUUGCCAAGAUUUUCUCACUGGGUCCUGGAUUUUGGUUUUUUAGAGGAUGGUCUAUCUUCUUCCGAAGAAGGAUUUCGUUAUCUUGCAGUUGGCUGUAAUGAUAAUUCUGUUCAUAUUUGGGAUGCCCUGACUUCAAGUUUUAUUUUUGAAGCUAUAUGUCCAGAGAGAUGCCUUCUGUACUCUAUGAAGAUCUGGGGUCGUGAUUUUAGAGCUCUCCUUAUUGCCUCUGGUACUAUUUUUAAUGAGAUCGUUGUAUGGAAGUUGGUUCAAAAAAAUAGGAAACAACCUCCAACAGAUGUUGGACAAGACCCCGAUAGCGUUUUUGAAGAUAUGCACCCUCUUGAUUGUCUCCACUAUGAAGUUGACAUUAUUUCCAAACUUGCUGGCCACCAGGGUUCUAUAUUUUACCUAUCAUGGUCUAGUGAUGGAACCAAGCUUGUAUCUGUGUCUGAUGAUCGUAGUGCUCGAAUGUGGAUUACCAAUGCUGAAAUGGACAUGACUGAUGAUUUGACAAAAUUACAUGGCCAUUACUCGGCUGGUCCCGUGUUGUUUGGUCAUGGUGCAAGGAUUUGGGAUUGCUGCAUAUCUGACUCAUUUAUUGUCACUGCUGGAGAGGAUUGUUCAUGCCGUGUAUGGGGAUUGGAUGGAAAAGAGCUAAGAGUUAUUAAGGAGCAUAUAGGGAGGGGUAUAUGGCGAUGUCUCUAUGAUCCAAAUACUUCACUUCUUGUUACUGCUGGGUUUGAUUCUGCAAUCAAAGUCCACUGUUUGCAUUCUUCAUUCUCUGCAGUCUCAGGUGAAUCUAUCAAAGGGGUCAAGGAAAGAGAAGCAGAGGUCUUCAGAGUUUGCAUUCCAAACUCAUCAGGUCAAAGCAUGCUUAUGGACAGCAAGAGUGAAUAUGUACGCUGUUUGAAAUUCGCCCGCAAGGAUAUGAUCUAUGUUGCAACAAACCAUGGUUACUUGUACCAUGCUAAAUUAUCUGAGAGUGGAACUGUGCAAUGGACUGAACUUAUCAGAAUCACUGAGGAGGUCCCAUUAAUUUGCAUGGAUUUGUUUUCCAGAAAUCUGUCUGAGUUCGAGGAUUGGAUUUCUGUUGGUGAUGGUAGAGGAAUCGUGAAAGUCAUAAAAGUCGUAUUCCGUGAUGGUGCUCCUCAAGUAGCAGUCAGAAUAUCAUGGUCUGCUGAAAUGGAAAGGCAGCUCUUAGGAGUAUAUUGGUGCAAGGCACUUGGAAGUGGGUUCAUUUUCACAUCUAACCCAAGGGGUUUGGUGAAGCUAUGGAAGCUGUCUGAUUCUGUAUCUCAUGAUGCUGUGAGAAAUUGUGAUGUGUAUCUAGUUGCAAGUUUCAUGUCACCUUUUGGUGCAAGGAUAAUGUGUCUGGAUGCCUCGGUUGAGGAAGAGGCAUUGGUUUGCGGGGAUUUGCGUGGUAAUCUUAUUUUGUUUCCUUUGUCAAAGAGGAUUCUGCAUGAUAGUUCUAUACUCUCCAUUGAGAUGACACCUUUAACAUAUUUCAAAGGAGCUCACGGGAUAUCUACUGUGUGCAGCAUAUCAAUUGUCAGACUCACCUCCAGUUUGGUUGAAAUUUGCUCGACUGGAGGUGAUGGGUGCAUAUGCUAUCUGGAAUAUAACAGAGAUCAACAAACUGUUGAAUUUGUGGGAAUGAGACAUGCUAAGGAAUUAAGCCUCGUUCAGUCUUUCUGUUCUUACCGUUCUUCCCCGGAUGAUUCAGCAAAUAUCAGCUAUGCAGUUGGUUUCUCAUCAACAGACUUUUUGAUAUGGAAUUUACUCUCUGAAACUAAGGUACUGCAAGUUAAGUGUGGGGGAUGGCGCCGUCCUCAUUCUUAUUAUGUUGGUCAGACACCUGAAAUCUGCAGCGGCUUUGCAUAUGUUAAGGAUGAGAUAAUCUACGUUCAUAGAUACUGGAUACCAGAUGGUGAAAUGAAGAUAUUUCCGCGUAAUUUGCACUUACAAUUCCACGGGAGAGAGAUCCACUCCUUAUGUUUUAUCCCGGAUGAUGUUCAAUGUGCAACACAUUUUCUUCAUCCUAAAUUAAGCUGGGUUGCUACUGGAGGUGAAGAUGGUACAGUGAGGUUGACUAGGUAUAAUCAUGGUACUGGUAAGUGGGCCUUGUCCAAUUUACUUGGGGAACAUGUUGGAGGUUCAGCUGUGAGAUCAUUAUGUUUCGUGUCAAAGAUAUAUUCGGCGGAAACUAAAAUCAUUGAAGCAACUGAUGGGACUGGUGGGGCCAAUAAUUCCUUGGACAAAAUCGAGAAUCCAUGCUUGCUAAUUUCUGUUGGGGCUAAACGGGUGCUAACUUCAUGGUUAUUAAAAAAAAGUCAAAGAAUUGAGGGAGAUGUAUCUGCUGAUGGCUUAGAAAAGAAAUGUGACAGCCAUAAGUCUUCACCAGGACAUAUGUCUUCAAUGUCAUUCAAGUGGCUGUCUUCCGACAUGCCAGUCAAAUGCGUUCGCACUAAAAAAAAGGCUCAAAGUGAUGGAAACUUAGCCAGACCAUCAGAUGAAGUUCCUGGUUCCGAAGCUGUUUCAUCCUCUAUGGAGAUAGGUCUAAAGCAACAUGGAGAUGCACAAGAUAAUGAUUGGAGAUAUCUAGCUGUUACUUCUUUUCUUGUUAAUAAUGCCAAGUCAAGGUUUACUGUGUGUUUUGUUGUUGUUGCUUGCUCUGAUGCUACUCUAACGCUGCGGGCACUAGUUCUUCCAUAUCGGUAUUGGUUUGAUGUUGCAUCUUUGGCUCCCCUGUCAUCCCCUGUUCUGGCUUUACAGCAUGCUGUAGCUCCUCUUUGCCAACUCUAUCAAGGUAAAAUGAUGACCAAGAACAUAUAUAUCAUUAUUAGUGGAUCAACUGAUGGAAGUAUUGCCUUCUGGGAUGUUACUGAAAGCAUUGAAGCGUUUAUGCAGCGAGUAUCAUCGCUUCACUUGGAAAAGUCUAUUGAUUUUCAAAAACGACCACGCACUGGUAGAGGUAGCCAAGGUGGUCGCUGGUGGAAAUCUGUUGAUGCACAUAAAGAAACAUCUGCAGAUUCUGUGGCAUUGAAAGACAAAAUUGUCUCUAAUAAAGAUGCUGUUGAUGAAUCACCAGAAAUAAUGAUCUUAAAGGGGAAGGAAUUAUCUGGUAACAUAGAAAUAGCUUCCUCUAAAUCUGGGGAAUGUUUUGAAGAUUCUUGUGACGGGGUUUCUGAAAUAAAAGCAUUUCAUAUCUUGCAUAAUAUUCACCAAUCUGGUGUCAAUUGUCUGCACCUUUGUUGUCGAAAUCUUGGAAAUGGUUCUCCGUACAGCAUCGUGAGUGGGGGGGAUGACCAAGCACUUAGUUUUCUGCAAUUUGUUGUGACACCAUCUCCGUCAAGAUCAAAUUUGGACCAUAUGGGAAAAGAAGGUGAUACAAUAUCAAAAUCAGGAAGCCCUGAACGCACUAUCCAGUUUGGCUCAAACCAAAGUUAUUCAAUCAAAUUCUUAUAUCAGAACAAAGCCAUAGCUGCUCAUAGUUCUGCCGUAAAAGGUGUAUGGACAGAUGGGAUCUGGGUCUUCUCUACCGGUCUUGAUCAAAGAGUAAGGUGCUGGAAGAUCCAAGAGCAUGAUAAUCUAACGGAGUAUGGUCAUUUUAUUACUAGUGUGCCAGAGCCAGAAGCUUUAGAUGUCAGAGCCUGUGGAGGGAAUUGUUAUCAGGUUGUUGUAGCAGGUAGAGGAAUGCAAAUGGUUGAGAUCACUUUAUGUUCUAAAAAGGAUGAUCAAUGAUUGAACUGGUUCGUUCCUUGAGCAAAACCCUAAUUGACUGCAGUUUGGCUGGGGUAUUUCUGAUUAUGAUAUCAGGAUGUUUGAAAUUUAUUUGUCCUUUCACCUGCUAGUCCCAGUGGGUCAAAGCUGCCAUAUGGGUACAGAGGUUCAAUGACCUCACCUAAAGUCCCAUCUUCAACCCGAAAACUUGGACUGCACCCAUAAGGAAGACCUGGCAAACUCAGAUGGCCAAGAUGCUUUGUGCCUGGAUCAAGCUUGAAUUGCCCAGGUAGUCGAGACCACUGUCACUGAGGAUUUGGGAACCAGCCUUGAACCAAACUUCGCCGAGGUUUCUGAGUCAGUUGAUAAUCCUGAUGAUGUGUCCCAUCCAUAGUCAACGGGUGAGGUAAGAUGGGAGUUCACCAGAGGACGGACCUAGUUACUUGACACAACCUGGGCCGUAGCAUGGUCUUACUUGACCUGAUUUUGCUAUUGCUUUGAACAACAGCUUAAAUGGCUCUAGUUUUGAGUUCCAACUUCCAAGGGGUGCCUUCCUUGAAAAUGGGGCUGAGAGAGCCAUGGUUGCCAUUGGUUUACAGUUUUGAAAGGGGAUUUUGUUGUUGGGAUUGGAACAUUUAUUUGAUGAUUGCUGUGCUACUAAGCUGACGCGUUAUAUGCAAUUCAGGGAGGUCUAGUAUUCUAUUCUAUGUGCUAUGUGCUAUGUGCUAUGUGGAUAUGAGAAUGUAAAUCACAUACUAUCUUUUUGGCCAAUGAAUGAAUGUGUUAAGGAACUUUUCGUCUUCCUAAGUGCUGUUCCUGCUCAGUGAUUUUUCUUCUUCCUAA